AUGCACCAGCAACAGCAGCCGGAGCAGCACCCCGAAGAGGCGAACUAUGCAAGUAGCACCAGAAUUCCUCUCCCUGGUGACGGACCAGCUAUUCAGUCAAACAGUUCAGCACCAUCCAAGCAAACUGUUCUAUCUUGGCAAGCUGCAAUCGAUGCUGCUAGACAAGCAAAGGCUGCCCAAAAUAUGAGUACUACCACAGCCCAGCCUGUAGGAUCUCUGUCCCAAAGAAAACGCCAGCAAUAUGCCAAGAGCAAAAAACAGGGUAAUACGUCUAACAGUCGGCCACCCCGUGCCCUUUUCUGUUUAUCUCUCAACAACCCAAUACGAAGAGCCUGCAUUAGUCUAGUAGAAUGGAAACCAUUUGACAUAUUUAUACUACUGUCUAUUUUUGCCAAUUGUGUGGCCUUAGCUGUUUACAUCCCAUUCCCAGAAGAUGAUUCUAAUUCAACUAAUCAUAAUUUGGAAAAAGUAGAAUAUGCCUUCCUGAUAAUUUUUACAGUUGAAACAUUUUUGAAGAUUAUAGCGUAUGGAUUAUUAUUACAUCCCAAUGCAUAUGUUAGAAAUGGAUGGAAUUUAUUGGAUUUUGUAAUAGUAGUAGUAGGAUUAUUUAGUGUAAUAUUGGAACAAUUAACCAAAGAAGCAGAAGGUGGCAGCCACUCGGGUGGCAAACCUGGUGGCUUUGAUGUCAAAGCCCUAAGAGCCUUUCGUGUAUUGCGACCUCUCCGGCUUGUAUCAGGAGUGCCCAGUUUACAAGUUGUCUUGAACUCCAUUAUAAAAGCCAUGGUCCCCCUACUCCAUAUUGCCCUUUUAGUAUUGUUUGUAAUCAUAAUCUAUGCUAUUAUAGGAUUGGAACUUUUUAUUGGAAAAAUGCACAAAUCUUGUUUUCUAAUUGAUUCAGAUAUACUAGUUGAAGAAGAUCCAGCACCUUGUGCAUUCUCAGGGAAUGGGCGUCAGUGUGUCAUGAAUGGCACUGAAUGUAAGGGUGGAUGGGUUGGACCAAAUGGAGGCAUAACCAACUUCGAUAAUUUUGCAUUUGCAAUGUUGACUGUGUUCCAGUGCAUAACCAUGGAAGGAUGGACUGAUGUGUUAUACUGGGUAAAUGAUGCAAUAGGAUGUGAAUGGCCAUGGAUCUAUUUUGUUAGUCUUAUCAUCCUUGGCUCAUUUUUCGUACUUAACCUGGUUCUUGGUGUUCUUAGUGGAGAAUUUUCCAAGGAAAGAGAAAAAGCCAAGGCCCGAGGAGACUUUCAGAAGCUGCGUGAGAAACAGCAACUUGAAGAAGAUCUGAAGGGAUAUUUAGACUGGAUUACACAGGCGGAAGACAUUGACCCUGAGAAUGAUGAAGAGGUUGAUGAAGAAGGCAAGCGGAACACAAGCAUGCCCACUAGUGAAACUGAGUCAGUGAACACCGAGAAUGUGAGUGGAGAAGGAGAGAGCCCAGCAUGCUGUGGGAGUUUAUGUCAAACCAUCUCGAAAUCCAAGUUCAGUCGACGCUGGCGUCGCUGGAAUCGAUUUAAUCGAAGAAAAUGUAGAGCUGCAGUAAAAUCUGUCACAUUUUAUUGGCUUGUUAUUGUCUUGGUCUUUCUGAACACGUUAACUAUCUCAUCGGAGCACUAUAAUCAACCUGACUGGCUGACCCAGAUCCAAGAUAUCGCAAAUAAAGUUCUUCUGGCUUUAUUCACCUGUGAAAUGUUAGUAAAGAUGUACAGCUUGGGCCUACAGGCUUAUUUUGUUUCUCUUUUUAACCGCUUUGAUUGCUUCGUUGUUUGUGGUGGCAUUGUUGAAACCAUUUUGGUGGAGUUGGAAAUUAUGUCACCCCUUGGAAUUUCAGUGUUUCGCUGUGUUCGUCUCCUGCGUAUUUUUAAAGUAACAAGGCACUGGGCAUCCCUGAGCAACUUGGUAGCAUCCUUGUUAAACUCAAUGAAGUCCAUUGCUUCACUGUUGCUUCUGCUUUUCCUCUUCAUCAUAAUCUUCUCGUUGCUUGGAAUGCAGCUGUUUGGAGGCAAAUUUAAUUUUGAUGAAACUCAAACAAAACGGAGCACCUUCGAUAAUUUUCCACAAGCUCUUUUAACUGUAUUCCAGAUUCUAACAGGUGAAGACUGGAAUGCUGUUAUGUAUGAUGGCAUAAUGGCAUAUGGUGGCCCAUCAUCGUCAGGCAUGAUAGUCUGUAUAUAUUUUAUUAUCCUCUUCAUCUGUGGUAACUAUAUCUUGCUAAAUGUCUUCUUGGCCAUUGCUGUGGAUAACUUGGCAGAUGCUGAAAGUCUAAAUACAGCUCAGAAAGAAGAAGCUGAAGAAAAGGAGAGGAAAAAGAAUGCGAGGAAAGAGAGCCUGGAAAAUAAAAAAACUGAGAAGUCAGAAGGUGACCAGAAAAAGCCCAAGGAUAGUAAGGUAACAAUUGCUGAAUAUGGAGAAGGAGAAGAUGAGGAUAAGGAUCCCUACCCACCCUGUGAUGUACCAGUAGGUGAAGAUGAAGAAGAUGAGGAGGAUGAACCAGAGGUACCAGCAGGCCCACGUCCCCGUAGAAUAUCAGAGCUAAACAUGAAGGAGAAGAUAACACCGAUCCCUGAAGGGAGUGCCUUCUUCAUUUUCAGCAGCACCAACCCAAUUCGAGUGGGAUGCCACAGACUCAUCAAUCACCACAUCUUUACCAAUCUCAUUCUUGUCUUCAUCAUGCUGAGCAGUGUUUCCCUAGCAGCAGAAGAUCCAAUUCGCAGCCACUCUUUUCGAAAUAAUAUACUUGGUUACUUUGACUAUGCUUUCACAGCCAUCUUUACUGUUGAAAUCCUGUUAAAGAUGACAGCGUUUGGAGCAUUCCUCCAUAAAGGGUCCUUCUGCAGGAAUUAUUUUAAUUUGCUGGAUUUGCUGGUUGUGGGUGUUUCUCUGGUAUCAUUUGGUAUUCAAUCAAGUGCUAUCUCAGUUGUGAAGAUCCUCAGAGUUUUAAGAGUCUUGAGGCCUCUAAGGGCAAUAAACAGAGCAAAAGGACUUAAGCAUGUUGUUCAAUGUGUCUUUGUGGCUAUUAGAACUAUUGGUAAUAUCAUGAUUGUUACAACUCUGCUGCAGUUCAUGUUUGCUUGUAUUGGAGUGCAGCUGUUCAAGGGAAAAUUCUACAGGUGCACUGAUGAGGCAAAACAGAAUCCAGAGGAAUGCCGAGGGAUAUACAUCGUUUAUAAAGAUGGAGAUGUUGAUAAUCCAAUGGUCAAAGAGAGGGUCUGGCAAAACAGCGAUUUCAACUUUGAUAAUGUUCUGUCUGCUAUGAUGGCCCUUUUUACAGUAUCUACUUUUGAAGGCUGGCCAGCGCUGCUAUACAAAGCCAUUGAUUCAAAUGGCGAGAAUGUAGGACCUGUAUACAACUAUAGAGUGGAGAUCUCCAUUUUUUUCAUCAUCUAUAUCAUCAUUAUUGCUUUCUUUAUGAUGAACAUAUUUGUUGGUUUUGUGAUUGUUACGUUCCAAGAACAGGGAGAACAAGAGUAUAAGAACUGUGAGCUGGACAAAAAUCAGCGUCAGUGUGUGGAAUACGCCUUGAAGGCACGUCCUCUUCGGAGAUACAUUCCAAAAAAUCCUUACCAGUACAAGUUCUGGUAUGUGGUGAAUUCUACAGGAUUUGAAUACAUCAUGUUUGUCCUCAUCAUGCUGAACACGCUUUGCUUGGCUAUGCAGCACUAUGGACAGUCUAAGCUCUUCAAUGAUGCAAUGGACAUUAUGAAUAUGGUUUUCACAGGAGUGUUCACUGUUGAAAUGGUUUUGAAACUGAUUGCAUUCAAACCCAAGAUUUUUGUAAGAAAAAAGGAAAGAUGGCUAGGCUAUUUUAGUGAUGCCUGGAAUACGUUUGACUCCCUCAUCGUUAUUGGCAGCAUAGUAGACGUCGUUCUCAGUGAAGCUGAUCACUAUUUCACUGAUGCAUGGAACACUUUUGAUGCCUUAAUUGUUGUUGGUAGCGUCGUUGAUAUUGCUAUAACAGAAGUUAAUCCAAAGCCAACUGAAACAGUCACAACUGAUGAGUCUGGGAACUCUGAAGACAGCGCUAGAAUCUCCAUCACUUUUUUCCGUCUGUUCCGGGUGAUGAGGUUGGUGAAGCUGCUUAGCAGAGGAGAAGGAAUCAGGACCUUACUGUGGACGUUCAUUAAGUCAUUUCAGGCUCUGCCUUAUGUCGCCCUUCUGAUAGCCAUGCUGUUCUUCAUCUAUGCUGUCAUUGGAAUGCAGGUGUUUGGAAAAGUGGCCAUGAGGGACAACAAUCAAAUAAACAGAAACAACAAUUUUCAGACUUUCCCCCAAGCUGUGCUUCUUCUGUUCAGGUGCGCAACUGGAGAAGCCUGGCAGGAAAUCAUGCUGGCAUGUUUGCCUGGAAAACGCUGUGAUCCAGAAUCUGAUUAUAAUCCAGGGGAAGAGUACACGUGUGGAAGCAAUUUUGCCAUCAUUUAUUUUAUCAGUUUUUACAUGCUUUGUGCAUUUUUGAUUAUAAACUUGUUUGUGGCUGUCAUUAUGGAUAACUUUGAUUAUUUGACACGUGACUGGUCUAUUCUGGGUCCCCAUCAUUUGGAUGAGUUCAAAAGGAUAUGGUCCGAAUAUGACCCUGAAGCAAAGGGAAGGAUAAAGCAUCUUGAUGUGGUUACGUUACUGAGACGCAUUCAGCCACCACUUGGUUUUGGCAAAUUAUGCCCUCACCGAGUGGCCUGCAAGAGGUUGGUAGCCAUGAAUAUGCCAUUAAACAGUGAUGGAACUGUCAUGUUCAAUGCUACUUUGUUUGCUUUGGUUAGGACUGCUCUAAAGAUAAAAACAGAAGGUAAUCUAGAACAAGCAAAUGAAGAACUUAGAGCAGUUAUAAAGAAAAUAUGGAAGAAAACGAGCAUGAAAUUACUUGACCAAGUUGUUCCUCCAGCUGGCGAUGAUGAGGUAACCGUGGGGAAGUUCUAUGCCACCUUCCUGAUACAGGACUACUUUAGGAAAUUCAAGAAACGCAAAGAACAAGGACUGGUGGGGAAAUAUCCUGCGAAGAAUACCACGAUUGCUCUGCAGGCAGGACUAAGGACACUUCAUGAUAUUGGCCCUGAAAUACGCCGAGCUAUAUCCUGUGACUUGCAAGAUGAUGAACCAGAGGAAAACAAUCCAGAGGAGGAGGAAGAUGUUUAUAAAAGGAAUGGUGCCCUAUUUGGCAACCACAUAAACCAUAUUAGUAGUGACAGACGAGAUUCAUUUCAACAGAUCAACACCACACACCGUCCCUUACAUGUUCAGCGGCCUUCCAUUCCGUCUGCAAGCGAUACUGAGAAAAAUAUGUAUUCUCAGGCAGGAAAUUCUGUAUACCACAAUCAUCAUCAUCACAACUCAGUAGGAAAGCAAGUUCCAAACUCAACAAAUGCCAAUCUCAAUAAUGCCAACGUGUCCAAAGUUCAUGGGAAACACGCAAAUUUUGGAAAUCGUGAGCAUAGAUCUGAAAACGGUUACCAUUCCUACUCCAGAACCGAUCAUGAGAAGCGUAGAAGGCCAAGCAGUAGGAGAACCCGCUACUAUGAAACAUAUAUUCGAUCUGACUCUGGUGAUGGGCGUCAACCUACCAUUUGCCGUGAAGAACGUGAAGAUCGAGAUUAUUGCAAUGAUGAUCAUUAUUUGGCAGAGCAGGAAUAUUUUAGUGGAGAAGAGUAUUAUGAGGAAGACAGUAUGUUGUCAGGAAGCAGGCACAUGCAUGAUUAUCACUGUAGAUAUCACUGCCAUGACUCAGAUUUUGAGAGACCAAAAGGUUACCACCACCCACAUGGGUUUUUUGAGGAAGAUGAUUCACAACUCUGUUACGAUACAAAAAGAUCUCCCAGGAGACGACUUCUACCUCCAACACCAACACCACACAGACGAUCUUCCUUUAACUUCGAAUGCCUCCGCCGACAAAGCAGUCAAGAUGACAUACCACUCUCUCCCAACUUCCACCACCGCACCGCUUUACCGCUUCACUUAAUGCAGCAGCAGGUCAUGGCUGUUGCAGGUCUGGAUUCCAGCAAAGCUCAUAAACAUUCACCAAGUCGUUCAACGCGUUCCUGGGCUACCCCACCUGCAACCCCUCCCAACAGAGACCGUACUCCAUAUUACACACCUCUAAUCCAGGUUGAUAGGGCUGACUCCACAGAGCAUAUGAAUGGCAGCCUGCCUUCCUUGCAUAGGAGCUCUUGGUACACAGAUGACCCUGAUAUCUCCUACCGAACAUUUACACCAGCCAAUUUAACAGUCCCUAAUGACUUUAGGCAUAAACACAGUGACAAACAGAGGAGUGCAGACAGCUUGGUCGAAGCGGUACUCAUAUCUGAAGGCCUAGGAAGGUAUGCAAAGGACCCUAAAUUUGUUUCAGCUACAAAACAUGAGAUAGCUGAUGCAUGUGACAUGACUAUUGAUGAGAUGGAAAGUGCAGCAAGUAAUCUUCUCAAUGGAAAUAUCAGCAAUGGGACCAAUGGGGAUAUGUUUCCCAUUUUAAGCAGACAAGAUUAUGAACUUCAAGAUUUUGGUCCUGGCUACAGUGAUGAAGAACCAGAAACGGGACGUUAUGAAGAAGACUUAGCUGAUGAAAUGAUAUGCAUUACAAGUUUAUAG